UUUACUUUUGAUCUCCCAACCGGCAUACAACACAUUCGAUCUUAUUUCCAUAAAUUCCAAAACAAAAUAAAAAUAAUACAAAAAAAUAUAUAUAAAAAAUAACGAAGAAGAGCACCAACUUCUGGACAUGUUUCCCUUCCGGUCGCGAUUGAAUCAACUGAGAACCGAUCGUCGCCUGCGGCAGCGUCUCCGGGAUGCCGGCAUACCAACGGGAGCGGCCAUGGCAGCAACAGUGGCAGCAACAGUGGCAGCAGCAGCUGCAGCGGCAGCGGCAACGGAAACGGAAACACCAAUGGGACCGGAUAUGCGAACAGUGGCCGCAGUGCAUCCUCUCCUCGUAUCGUUGCAUCAUGUUAGGUGGCUCUUGAUCCAUUUGCGACACUUGCUCAUCCGCCAAAGAGUCGGCAUGAUAUUGGGUGCCGGUGAUAAUAUGUUUGUUUGGAAUCGUCGUGAGCCAUCGAUAGCCACCGGACAGAUGGGCGAAGGUGAUUGCAUACCGGAAAUGGAUCUCGAAAUGGUGGCAAUGAUACCGGAAGACUAAGAGAGAGCGAGAGAGAGAGAAACCACACACAUAUGAUCGAUUUGUGCCUCCAUUUGCGUGCCUGCGUCUAUGUGUCAGCAGCAUAUUCCAUCUACCAGGGCCAGGGUUCCUGUCUCUCUCCAAACCCAUAGCGAGAGAGGGAGAGAGAGAGAGAGAGAGGGAUAUAGAGAGAGAGAGAGAGAGAAAUGGAUGUGGACGUGGAGAGCACGCAUAUAAUAAUUUCCUGUUCAAUGAGCAAUUACCGUAAUAAAGAUACAACUCCGGCUACUCCA